UUAAAUAAUGCCAUUGCCGUAGAUUCGGAUCACAUAUUCUUAUUCAGUCCCCUUCAAAAUCAAGUUCUCACCUUUGGUCUCUUUCUCGUUCUGGGUUCAGUGCUGGUGAGCUGUGAGAGUUUCAAGUUCUCACCUUUUUCUCUUUCGCAUUCUGGGUUCAGGGUUAGUGAGGUGGGAGAGUUUCAAGUUUUCAGUCCCGAUACGUCUUUUGAGAGAUUUAAACACAGAUGAUGAUUCUAGGGUUAGUGGAAAUUACCCUCCUUUGCUCUCUUUUUGUCUCUUUCCGUUUAGACUCUGUCUCCUCUCUAAACUCGGAUGGUUUGGCUUUACUUUCGCUUCUCAGCCACUUUGACAAAGUACCACCUCAAGUCAAUUCCACGUGGAAGGAGAACACAUCUGAAACCACUCCGUGUAAUAACUGGUUUGGUGUCACUUGUGAUGGUUCUCUUAACGUCGAGACUCUUAAUCUGAGUACAUCUGGUGUUUCAGGGCAACUAGGUUCCGAAAUUGGAGAGCUUAAGAGCUUGAUCACUCUGGAUCUGAGUAACAAUAGUUUAUCUGGUCCGUUGCCUUCCAGUUUAGGAAACUGUACUUCACUUCAGUAUUUGGAUUUGUCUGAAAAUGGGUUUUCCGGAGAGAUUCCAGAUAAUUUUGGCAGCUUGAAGAAUUUGACUUAUCUGUAUCUCACUUCCAACAAUCUUACCGGUCUGAUUCCUGCAAGUGUUGGUGGGUUGAAAGAGCUUUCAGAUCUGACCUUGUCUCAUAAUGACUUGUCUGGUCCCAUCCCUGAGUCCAUUGGGAACUGCAGUAAGCUGGAGUAUCUGUACUUGCACAAGAACAAGCUUAAUGGUUCGUUACCGGAAAGUCUCAACCUGCUCAAGAAUCUCAGUGAAGUGUUUGUCAGCAACAACAGCCUUGGAGGGAGGAUUCGUUUCGGUUCAAGCAACUGCAAGAAGUUGGUGACUUUGGAACUGUCUUACAAUCAUUUCGAAGGUGGUGUUCCUCCUGAACUUGGCAACUGCAGUAACCUUGACUCUUUAGUCAUCAUCGGAUGUAACUUGACAGGUAACAUUCCAUCAUCAUUGGGUAUGUUAAAAAAGGUUACCGUUAUUAACCUCGGUGAGAAUCGUCUCUCUGGGAAUAUCCCUCCUGAGCUCGGGAACUGCAGCAGCUUGAAAACCUUGAAGCUGAACGACAACCAGCUCGAAGGAGAGUUACCCUCUGCAUUGGGUAAGCUAAAGAAGCUACAAAUCCUGCAGCUUUUCAGGAAUAAGCUGUCUGGUGGGAUUCCUAUUGAAGUUACUGAGCUGAAGAAUCUUAAGUCGCUUACUCUGUUUAACAACAGAUUUUAUGGAGGGAUACCAAUGAGUUUAGGCGUGAAUACAAGCUUAGAGGGGGUGGAUCUUAUUGGUAACAGUUUUACAGGGGAGAUACCUCCCGAUCUAUGCCAUGGACAGAAGUUGACGGUUUUUAACUUGGGUUCUAAUCAGCUUCAUGGUAAGAUACCACCGUCUAUUGGUCAUUGUAAGACCCUCAGGAGAAUCAGGCUUGGAGGAAACAAGCUUUCAGGUGUUCUUCCGGAGUUUCCUGAGACACAUAAUCUUUAUUUUGUGGAACUCAAAGGCAACAACAUUGAAGGAUCCAUCCCUCGCAGCUUGGGAAGCUGCAAGAAUCUCCUAACAGUUGACCUGUCUCAAAACAAACUCACUGGUUUGAUACCCCCAGAACUGGGAAAUCUGCAAAACCUCGGACUGUUGAAUCUUUCACAUAACCACCUGGAAGGUCCUCUGCCAUCUCAGCUAUCUAGCUGUGUGGGAAUACUGGAGUUUGAUGUCGGAUCCAACUCACUGAACGGUUCUGUUCCUUCGAGUUUCAGAAGCUGGAAAAGCUUGACUACUUUGGUUCUCAGCCAUAAUCGGUUUUCAGGAGCCAUUCCACCGUUCUUGGCCGAGUUUGGCCGCCUAAUAGAUCUCCAGGUAGCUACAAAUGCUUUUAAAGGUGAGAUUCCUUCCUCUCUUGGCUUGUUAAAGCACCUGAACAGCUUAGACCUCAGUGGAAACGGAUUCACCGGCGAGAUCCCAGCCUUUCUGGUAGGUCUUGUUGAUCUCGUACGGCUCAACAUAUCCAACAAUAAGUUGACAGGGAACUUAUCCGUUCUUCAGAGUCGUAGUUUCUUUCAGCUUGACGUCUCGAACAAUCAGCUCACCGGUCCAAUACCGGAAAAGCUGAUGAAUAGUUCAUCAGUAUUUACUGGAAACCCAAGCCUCUGCAUUCAACCUUCUCACUCAGUAAGUGCAGUGAUCCGUAAAGAGUUUAAAACUUGCAAAGGUCAAGCCAAACUUAGCACCUGGAUGAUCGCCAUUAUAGCAGUUGGUUCCUUUCUAUCUGCAUUGGCUUUACUUUUUGCUUUAGUUUUGGUUUUUACCUGCUGCAAAAGAGGAGUCAAGACAGAAGAUACUCCUGUCCUCGACGAGGAAGAAGGUCUUUCCUUACUGCUUAACAAAGUUCUCACAGCCACUGACAAUCUAGACGACAAGUACAUCAUUGGAAGAGGAGCUCAUGGAGUUGUUUACAAAGCCUCAUUAGCCCCAGGCGAAGAAUACGCCGUGAAGAAACUCAUCUUCGCAGAAAGCGUACGUGCAAACCAGAAUAUGAAGAGAGAGAUCGAGACGAUCGGGCAAGUUAGGCAUAGAAACCUCGUUCGGUUGGAAAGGUUUUGGAUUAUGAAAGACAAUGGCCUGAUGCUGUACAAGUACAUGCCCAAUGGAAGCUUACACGACGUUCUGCACAGAGGCAAUAAUCAAGGAGAAACAGGUCUUGACUGGUCUGCACGGUUCAACAUAGCUCUUGGGAUUGCACACGGGCUAGAGUAUCUACACCAUGACUGUCAUCCACCAAUCAUCCACCGUGACAUCAAACCAGAGAACAUACUUAUGGACUCGGAGAUGGAGCCUCACAUUGGAGAUUUCGGAUUGGCUAGGAUUCUUGAUGACUCGACUAUUUCAACAGCAACCAUCACAGGCACCACUGGUUACAUUGCACCAGAAAAUGCGUACAAGACGGUGAGAUGCAAGGAAUCAGAUGUUUAUAGUUAUGGAGUUGUUUUGCUUGAGCUGAUAACGGGAAAGAGAGCAGUGGACAGAUCUUUCCCUGAGGAGACUGAUAUCGUGAGCUGGGUUAGAUCUGUGUUAAGCAGCUACGAGGAUGACGAGGAUUAUACUGUUAGUCCAAUCGUUGAUCCAAGGCUUGUGGAUGAGCUUCUAGAUACAAAGGUUAGAGAACAGGCAAUUCUAGUUACAGACUUGGCACUUGUGUGUUCGGACAAAAGGUCAGAGAACAGACCGUCCAUGAGAGAUGUGGUGAAAGAGUUGACUGAUGUGAAAGAUCUUGUAAGAAGCACUUCUGGUUCAGUUCAAUAGUUUCUGUAUUUUACAGGUUUAUAGUAGCAGUAUGAGUGGAGAGUAGUAUUUUACUAUUUCUCUCUGUAACCAUUGUAGCAUUGAGUAACAUUGAAGAUCUGAGAAAUAUAUAUGAUGUAUCUAAAAAUGCCUUCUAUAUUCCGUAAAUGAAAAUUGAGUAAUCGAGUACAACAACAA